AUGCAAGGCAGCGACCGAAACAAGGAACCGAGGGGAACAUGGACGAGCCGGCAACUUCUCCUGUCCAGAUGCACUUUAUAUUUAUUCCUCCUCAGUGUGGAGCUGCAGAGGAGCCACUCCGAGACACUGGACUCUGAUGAGUUUGCUUUCUUCCAUGAGGGAGCCGGCGGGUGCCUGGGGGUGCAGGAUCACUCCCUCGCCCUGUCCAAAUCCUGUGAGGACGACAACCAGCGCUGGAAGUGGGUGACCCGAGGACGCCUGUUCAACCUGGGCUCCUCACUUUGCCUGGGAGUGACCACCGGUAACUUCACCUCCAAGUCGGACAAGUCUCCUCUGGGCGUGUACACAUGCGACCGGGAGCCCCCCAGAGUACGCUGGACAUGGACCUGUGGCCAGAUGCUGGAGAACCUCAACAACUACCUUCCCUCGCCGUCGAUUCUGAACUCCUCCGCCGCCUCCUCGCCCUCCAAGCUGAAAUGGACUCUGCAUGGUGGCAUGCAGGAGGACCUGUGUGCCAAAGCGUAUCGUGAGAUCUACACCAUCCAGGGCAGCUCUAACGGCCGCCCCUGCUACCUGCCCUUCCUGUACGAUAACCAGUGGUUCCACAGCUGCACCGGUAUCGGCCGGGAGGACGGUCACCUCUGGUGCGCCACCACCUUUGACUAUGGCAAGGACGAGAGCUGGGGGUUUUGUCCUGUUAAGAGCAGCGGCUGUGAAACCUUCUGGGAUAGUGACCCGCUGACGGACAGCUGUUACCAGUUUAACAUCCACGCUACGUUGUCAUGGAGUGAGGCACGGAUCAGUUGCCAGCAGCAGGGGGCAGACCUGCUGAGCAUCACCAAGCUGCAUGAGCAGACCUUAAUCAAUGGUUUUCUGUCCGGCUACAGCGCUGCUUUGUGGAUUGGCCUCAAUGACCUGGACAUCAACGGGGGCUGGCAGUGGGCCGACUCCUCACCGCUCAAGUAUCUCAACUGGGAACAAGAUCAGCCGAGUCAUGAAGAUGAGGAGAACUGUGCUGUGAUCAGGACUGAGUCAUCAGGUCGCUGGCAAAACCGCGAUUGUUCUGGUGCUCUGCCGUAUGUCUGUAAGAAGAGGCCCAAUGCCACCCUGGACCCCUUCACUACAGAUUCUUGGACAGAUGAUAAGAAGUACGAGUGUGAUAUGGGCUGGCAGGCCUUCCAGGCCGGCUGCUACAAGGUGACUUCAGAGAAGAGCGACUGGGAUACGGCUCAGAAAACCUGCCAGAAGAUGGAGGCCAACCUGGUCAGCCUCCACACCCUACCUGAGCUGGAGUUCAUCCUUCACAACUUGAAAAAAGACAUCGAACAGCUGUGGAUAGGGCUCCAUGACACCGUAAUGCAAAUGGACUUCCAGUGGACCGACCACACGCCAGUCAUCUUCACCUACUGGCACCCGUUUGAACCCAACAACUUCCGCAACACCCAAGAGGACUGCGUCUCUAUGUGGGGGCUCGACGGCCGCUGGGACGACAGCCCUUGUAAUUUGACCCUGCCCUCCAUCUGUAAGAAGCCAGGAACAAAGAGCGAUGGGAAACCUCAACACCAAGAGUGCAAACAAGGCUGGAAGUGGCACAGUCCAGCUUGUUACUGGGUGGGAGAAGACCUAUCCACCUUUGAUGAAGCCAGGAAAUCCUGUGAGGCCCACGGAGCCUUCCUUGUUACCAUUACAAAUAGGUUCGAGCAGGCCUUCGCCAACAGCCUGUUGUUUGGUCGCUUGGGAGAUUCCCUCUGGAUCGGCCUCCAUGAUCAAAGCGGCUCUUUCCGCUGGCUCAGUGGUGACGAAGUGACCUACACCAACUGGAAUCGGGACGAGCCAGUCAACGUCCAUGGCGGCUGCGUUUCCAUGGCGACGGGCUUCGCAACAGGUCUGUGGGAGGUGAAGGACUGUGCGUCAUCGAAGGCGAAAUUCAUCUGCAGACAGAACCAGGACACGUCUCUGACCCCCGAGCCGCCCGUCCCCCAGCCCACCCCGAGUCUCAGCGGCUCCUGUCCCACCGGCUGGAAGAGCAACAGCAACCUGCGCUACUGCUACAAGGUGUUUCAAUACUCGCAGCUGGAGCAGAAGCUGAGCUGGCUGCAGGCUCACCUGUUCUGCCGGAGACACGGCGCCGACCUGCUGAGCAUCGGCGACUCGGACGAGGAGCACUUCGUCCUACAGGUCCUCCAUGAGGCCUUCGGGGAAUCCGAGGACCAUGAGCAGCAUUGGUUUUGGAUUGGCCUCAACCGCAGGAACCCCAUGGACAACGGUAGUUGGAAGUGGAGCGAUGGAUUGGCUGUCACGUACCAGAACUUCGGACGGUACUACUACAACAUUCGGCAGUGUGCUGCGGCCGACUUGGGCACAAUGACGUGGCUGGCCAUGCACUGUGACUCAGAGAUGGACUGGAUCUGCAAGAUCCCCAGAGGUAGUGUUGAGAAGGAACCAGAAGUUUCUGAAGGCACCUCUUCACCCGAGUGGAUUCCCUUCCAGGAGGCUGAAUAUAAAUUUUUUGACCAGCGCACCACUUGGGACCAGGCCCAGAUGAUUUGCUCCUUGUUUGACUCCUCGCUGGCGUCCGUCCACUCAGCUGAGGAAGACGCUUUCCUGGGCAGCACUUUACGCAAGAUGGUGAGAGCAGAGGGUGAUAACUGGUGGCUGGGGCUUCACACCUACGAAAACGACGGCCGAUUCCGCUGGUCUGACCACUCUGUGCUCAAUUACGUGUCCUGGGCCCUCGGGAGGCCGCAUCCGCUCAGCCGUGAUCGCAGAUGUGUUCACAUGUCGGCCAACAAAGCGGACUGGGCCGAUCAGAAAUGCCCCUCUGACCUGCCCUCCAUCUGCAAGAGAGUGAACGUCACAGGCACCAUUCCUCCGACUCCAUCAUCCCCCCACCCCCCCGCAGGCUGCCCGGAUGAAUGGGCGUCCUAUCAGCAUAAGUGUUUCAGGGUGUUCGAUCAGUCGUACCGGGUCACGUGGUCUGCGUCCAAGCUGAGAUGUGAGACUCAGGGAGGUGUGCUGGCAGUGGUGACCAAUCAUCUGGAGCAAGCCUUCGUCACCACCCUGCUGAACAACGCCAGUGUUGACCUCUGGGUGGGUUUGACCUCAGACUCUAAAGGUCACUUCCAAUGGGCCAAGGCCGGCCUGCUCAGCUACACCAACUGGGGCCCCGGAGAGCCGCUCGACAACAGUGGACCGCACCAAAACAAGACGCGGGGAAACUGCGUGGUGAUGAUUCACGGGAACCCGCAGAAGAACGCCGGCAUGUGGGCCUCCCGAGCCUGUGAGAUGGAGACUAAUGGCUACGUUUGUCAGAGGCAUCAAGACCAAAGUCUCCCUCCGGCACCCGCCCUGAUUCCUGCCUCCCUGUCGAAGCCUGUGGAGUUGGGUGGAGUGACGUACCGGGUGGUGGAGAAGCGCCUGGACUGGACCGGAGCUUUGCAUCUGUGUGAGUCUUUGAAUGGGACUCUGGCCACGGUGAAGGAUCCCUACCAGCAGGCGUACCUCACGCUGCUGAUGAACCGCCUGCACCGGCCGGCCUGGGUGGCUCUCUACAACUACGGAGGACGAAGCUUCACCUGGCUGGGUGAAGAGAAAGUGUCGUAUUCCAACUGGAAUGAUGGGAAGCCCAAUCUCAUGGCUGGAUGCGGUCACAUGACCACUACUGGGCAGUGGACCAUGACUCCCUGCGAUGCUAAGCUUGAUGCUGCAAUCUGUCAAAUUAGUGACGAGCCUGUGGGUCACCAAUGGAUCUACCCUGGCAAGUGUCCCAACUCUGUCGGGGAUUGGGGCUGGGUGUCUUUCAGGAACCACUGUUAUGCCUUCAACCUGGAAACACUCAGACUGCAGCAGGACGCUCGCAUGUCCUGUAAAAAAGAGGGAGCAGAGCUUCUCUCGGUCUUGGACGAGACGGAGAACGGAUUUGUGUGGGAACACAUCCAGAGCUCUGCGGAGCAGGCACACGGAGCUUGGCUGGGCAUCAGCGUGAAAGGUAGUGGACUCGUGUGGAGCGAGGACACAGAGAUGUCCUACACCAACUGGGAGGUGCGCGAUCUGGCCUUCUCCGUUCUGUCUCCCAACUCCUGCUUCUGGAUCCAGAGCAACAGCGGCCUGUGGAAGCCGGGCUCGUGCCGAAAUCGCACGCACGGGGUCAUCUGCAAACGACCACGCAGUGCUGAGACCUCAGCUGUAACAAUGGAGGACGACCAUCUGCCCACUCUGAUAGUCAUCAUAGUCUCGGGCCUGGUGCUGGUGGUGCUGAUCGUCGGUGUGAUCUACUUGUACCGUCGGAGAAAUGUCGGGUCGCGGGGGUCGUACGACGGUGCUCGCUACAGCCGCACCAGCUCCAGCCUCUCCGAGCAGGCCGAGAAGAACAUCCUGGUGUCGGACAUGGAGCUGAACGAGCAGCCAGAGUAG